AUGGCUGCGCGGAAGGGGGCCGGAAGUAAAGCCGCCGGCUGUAGCUGUUGCCUUGAAGCUAUGGAGCGGGUUCUACCUAUGUUGUUGGUGCCGGUGCCCGCCGAUGCGAUCGGGCGGUUGGGAUCUCGGGCGAAGUUGCACAGAGAACAGGAGGUUCUGGGGAGUCUGACAGCUGCAGGCAGCCUUGAAGUGCUUUCCUUGGCUCCUGGAGUCCGGGACCGCGGUGGCUGCUGCCUGGACGGCCCAUUUCGGCACUUUGUGUGGGAGGAUUCUCAUAACAACAGCUCAUCAGCAGACAAGCCCAGACUUCUCGCUCUUAGUGAAAAUUAUGAACUGUUCAUAUAUGAAUUUAAUUUGAAAGAUGGAAGAUGUGAUGCAACGAUUCUGUGGACCUGUAGUGAGGAGACAUUACAAAAGCUUAUUGAAGAUCACAAUAUCAGUACUUCCAUAUUAUCUUUGAAAGUUCUGUCAUUUCAAAAUAACACAUCCUUACUAUUCAUCAACAAAUGUAUCAUCCUGCACCUUAUAUUUCCGGAAAGAGAUGCUGAAACUAGAGUACUCAACUGUUUCACAUUACCCUUACCUGCACAGGCAGUGGACAGGAUUAUUGACACACAACUCUGCAGAGGAAUUCUUUUUGUUUUGAGUAGUUUAGGCUGGAUCUAUAUUUUUGACAUUGUGGAUGGUACACAUGUAGCUCAUGUGGAUUUAGCGCUUCACGAUGAAGAUAUGUGUAAUGAUCAGCAACAGGAGACAGCCAAGAUUUCUUCCUUUACUUCACUGAAAGUGUCUCAAGAUCUAGAUGUUGCAGUUAUUGUCAGCUCUUCCAACUCUGCAGUUGCUCUUAACUUAAACUUGUAUUUCAGGCAAUACCCAGGACACCUACUACGUGAAAGAACUCUAGAAGACCUUCCUAUUGAAGUACCCAAGGGGAUAGAUGAAGAUGAUCCUACUAAUUCUGACUACAACAUGAAACUGGUCAACUUCUCCUUCCAAGUUGAUAGGUCUUGGAAAGCCCAGCUGUCAUCAUUGGAUGAAACUCUAAAGAACUCUAGACUGGAGGUUUUUAGUGGCAUUCCAUGGUUUCAGGGUAUUUUGCAUUUAGAGUCCCCUGAUUCUAGAAACAACAGUGCUACUAUGCCAGGCUGGACCUUAAUUCCCCAGGACAUAAUGCACAGCCAGUAUAAUUUUCCACAGAAAUAUGAUACCAAGGCCAGUGAUCCAGGAAGAUCAUGGAAGAUCAUGCACAUUAGUGAACAAGAGGAACCCAUCAAGCUUAAAUGUCUGUCUGUGACAGGAUUCACUGCUCUGUUUACUUGGGCAGGGGAAAGUACAGGUUGUACCAUUGUCCUUUGGGAUUUGGAGACCCAGGCCAUGCAGUGUUUUCCUCUUGACAAAAAGUGUAUUCCGGUAGACACCAGUGGAGACCAACAGCUGUGCUUUGUUUUGACAGAAAAUGGACUUUCUCUGAUUUUGUUUGGUUUGACUCAAGAGGAAUUUUUAAAUAGACUAAUGAUACAUGGAAGUGCCAGUACUGUGGACUCUCUUUGCCAUCUCAAUGGUUGGGGGAGGUGCUCAAUCCCCAUACAUGCACUAGAGGCUGGAUUAGAAAAUCGGCAGCUGGACACAGUAGAUUUCUUUUUGAAAAGUAAGGAAAAUCUUUUGAAUCCAUCCUCAAAAUCUUCUGAACCUGAAGAGUUUGAUUACUUUCCAUCCCAUUUAUAUUUAAGAAAUGUAGAAGAGCUGACACCUGCAUUGGAUUUACUUUGCUCAGCAAUUAGAGAAAGUGAUUCUGAAACCCAAAGCAAACACUUUUCUGAACAAUUGCUUAAUCUUACACUGUCCUUCCUUAACAAACAAAUAAAGGAACUUUUUAUUCACAAUAAAGAGCUAGAUGAACAUCUACAGAAAGGAGUGAACAUUUUGACCAAAUACAUUAAUGAACUUCGAACCUUCAUGAUAAAGUUUCCUUGGAAGCUAACAGAUACUGUGGAGGAACAUGAUGUAAAUGAAAAUGUCCCCAAAGUAAAGGAGAGCGAUAUGUGGGAGAAACUCAGGACUGAGGAGGUUAUUUCCAAUGCCAUUUUAAGUAACAAAAUACCAGAGGCACAAACUUUCUUCAGGAUUAACAGUCAUUCUGCCCAAAAUCUCGAGGAACUGAUUAGGAUUGGCCUAGAUUUGGUCUUUGACAAUUUAAAUAAGAACAAUAUAACAGAAGCCUCUGAGCUUUUGAAGAAUAUGGGCUUUGAUGUAAAAGAGCAACUGCUCAAGAUAUGCUUCUAUACAACUAACAAAAACAUAAGGGACUUUUUGGUUGAAAUCUUAAAAGAAAAAAAUUACUUUUCUGAAAAAGAAAACAGAAUUAUAGACAUGGUAUAUCAAGUUGAGAAGUUUUAUUCAGGACAGUUUCAAGAAAAUUUACAGAUCCAGUCCUUUCCCAGGUUUUGGAUAAAGGAAGAAGAGUUUUUCAAGCAUAAAUCUGUUUUGGACUCCUUCCUGAAGUAUGAUCAUAAAGAUAAACUUAACCAAAAGGACCACAGAAUUGUGUUAAGUUGGGCACAAUGGUGGAAUCCACAAACACAAGAAUCAAUCCUGCUUUCUAGAACAAGUCCAGAAGAAUACAAAUCAUAUUCCCCUGAAGCCCUCUGGAGAUACCUCACUGCUCGCCAUGAUUGGUUAAGCAUUGUGUUGUGGAUUGGGGAAUUUCAGACCCAGAAUAGUUAUGCUUCACUUCAGCAGAACAAGUGGCCCCCUCUAACUGUUGAUGUUAUUGAUCAUAAUACUUGCUGCAACAGCUACAUGAAGAAUGAAAUUUUAGAUAAAUUGGCCAGGAAUGGAAUUUUUCUUACAUCUGAGCUAGAAGACUUCGAACUCUUGCUCCUAAGACUGAACCGUAUUGGGGGUGUGAUGCAAGAUACUCUCCCUGUUCAAAAUUACAGGUCCAAAGAAGGUUGGGAUUUCCAUUCUCACUUCAUUUUCUAUUGUUUGGAAAAUAAUCUGCAGUAUCUUCUUUAUGUCUAUCUCAACUAUUACAAACUUAGUCCUCCAAAUUGUCCCUUUUUGGAAAAAAAAGAACUACAUGACGCUUACCCGUGGUUUGAAUUUUUAGUUCAGUGUCGACAAGUUUCCAGAAAUUUAGCAGAUCCCAAACUGAUCUUGCAGGCCAGUCUUGCAAAUGCUCAGAUUCUGAUUCCCAGCAGUCAGACCAGUGUAAGCAGUAUGCUGUUGGAAGGACAUACUCUCCUGGCUCUUGCUACCACAAUGUACGCUCCUGGGGGUGUCAGCCAGGUUGUUCAGAAUGAAGAAAAUGAGAACUGCCUCAAGAAAGUGGAUCCCCAGCUUCUGAAGAUGGCACUAACUCCUUACCCCAAGCUAAAAACUGCUCUCUUCCCACAGUACACUGCUCCUAGUGUCCUGCCACCAGAUAUUACACUCUACCACCUUAUUCAGUCAUUAUUGCCCUUUGAUCCUAGCAGAUUGUUUGGCUGGCAGCCUGCCAACACAUUAGCUAUAGGAGAUGCAGUGAGUCAUCUCCCACAUUUUUCUAGUCCUGAUCUAGUUAAUAAAUACGCUAUCAUGGAACGUCUGAAUUUUGCUUAUUAUCUGUAUCAUGGGCGGCCAUCAUUUGCAUUUGGUACUUUUCUGGUUCAAGAAUUAACCAAGAGCAAAACUCCCAAGCAACUGAUCCAGCAAGUAGGCAAUGAAGCCUAUGUUUUAGGACUCUCUUCCUUCAACAUACCUUCAAUUGGAGCUGCCUGUGUUUGUUUCUUAGAAUUGCUUGGCCUUGACAGCCUCAAGCUCAGAGUUGAUAUGAAAGUGGCAAAUACUAUUUUGGGCUACAGGUGUCAAAAUGAAGAUGUUCAAUACAGCAUUAUCAGAGAGUCUCUAGCUGAAAAACUGUCUAAACUGGCUGCAGGUGAAAAGGCAACCAUAGGAGAAUUACUUCUUCUCUUAGAAGAAAGUAUAUGGAACAGAAUUCAGCAACAGAAAAUAAAAAGGUUAUCCAGUGAAUCUAGCAAUCAAUGGACAUUAGUGGUACAGUUUUGCAGGCUCCACAACAUGAAACUGAGUACAUCUUACCUUAGAGAAUGUGCUAAAGAAAAUGAUUGGUUACAGUUCAUUACUCACUGCCAGCUUCACAGUUACCAACCAGAGGAGGUGAAAUCUCUUCUCCAGUAUUUCAGCCCUGUCCUUCAAGACCACUUAGCACUAGCUUUUGAGAACUUAUCCUCAGUGUCCAACUUCAAAAAGGACAUUGAGCAAGUCUGCAGCAAGUCUCCCUGGGAACUUCAGAGAAACAAAGAAGAGACCACUGAUUUCUUUGAAAUCCUGCUCCACUGCUCAGAGGAGCCAAACCCCUGGCGCUGGCUAUUGACUGAAGCAGUGAAACAACAGGCCUCUAUCCUUAGUGUCCUAGCCUCCUGUCUCCAGGAUGCCAGUGCUGUUCCUUGUCUCUGUGUUUGGAUCAUCACUUCUGUGGAGGACAGUGUUGCAGCUGAAGCAAUGGGACACAUUCAGGGUUCAGUGGAGGGACACCUUUGGGACCUGGAGGACCUCACAAUCAUCUAUAGAACAUUAUUAACAAGGCAGAAGAGCAAAACUCUCCUCAGAGGUUUCCAGCUUUUCUGUAAGGAUUCCCCAUUACUGUUGAUGUUAGAGAUGUAUGAACUCUGUAUGUUCUUCAAGAACUAUAAGGAAGCUGAAGCUAAAAUUCUGGAGUUCCAGAAGUGCCUUGAAACUCUAGAAACAUCAGACACAAGGGUUGACACUAUCAUCCCUACCCUGUGGCUAAAGAACCAAGUGUGUUUUCUUUUAAAGCUUAUGCUGCAGCAAUGCAGGACCCAGUAUGAGCUGGGGAAGCUUUUACAUCUGUUUGUUGGAAUACAACAUCUCUUCUCUAAUGGUCCAGAUGUGAAGAAGCUAUGUGCCCUUAGCCAAAUUUUGAAGGAUACAUCGAUAGCCAUUAAUCUUGACAUUAUUAACAGCUACAGCAUUGAGAAUUUUCAUCAUGAAUGUAGAUCUAUUUUGGAAAAAUUGGAGACAGAUGGGAAGUUUGCUUUGGCCAGGAGGGUAGCAGAAUUGGCUGAUUUACCUGUGGACAACUUGGUUAUUGAAGAGAUAACACAGGAAAUGCAGGCCUUAAAACGCAUUGACCAGUGGUCCCUAAAACAAGCAAGAAUUGAUUUCUGGAGAAAAUGCCAUGAGAAUUUUAAGAAAAAUUCCAUUUCAAGCAGAGCGGCAUCUUCCUUUUUCUCAGCCCAGGCCCUUCCGACAGGUGAGCAUCUAACUGCAGAGGAACGGAGCAGCAUUGAGGAGUGUCACCUGCUCCUCACCCUGGCAGGGCACUGGCUUUCCCAGGAGGACCAGGUGCCUGUGGACAAACUGGAAGAGCUGGAGAAACAGAUCUGGUUGUGCCGCAUCGCCCAGCACACACUUAGAGGAAAACAGGAGGCAACAGAGUUCACAUAUUCUCGACAGAUCUCAACUAGCGGUGACAUUUCCUUUGAUAGCUUAGCAAGUGAACUUUCAUUCUCCAAGUUAGCUGCUCUGAACACAUCAAAAUACUUAGAACUUAGUGACUUUCCGUCCAGAGAUACUCAUGAGAACAGACUAAAUUGGAAGGAGCAAGAGUCACUAAGCUUUUUGAUUGGGCGUCUACUGGAUGGCAACUGUGUGCAUGAAGCAAGCAGAGUGUGCCGGUAUUUUCAUUUCUACAGCCAAGAUGUUGCAUUGGUAUUGCACUGCAGAGCCCUAGCUUCGGGAGAAGCUAAUGUUAAUGACAUGCACCCAGAGAUCCAAGCUCUCUUGCAAACUGCGGAACUCCUUGAGGCAGAAGAACCACCUAGCAUUCCUCUAAGAAAAGUCCAAAGCACUUCAAGUUUGGAUAGUCAGUCCUUUGUGAUGUUGCCCCCCAGUGAUGAAGUGGUGACUCAUCUGGAAACUCUGACAAGCAAAUGCCUCCAUGGGAAGAGCUACUGCCGGCAGGUUCUCUGCCUGUAUGAACUUGCUAAGGAGUUGGGCUGUUCCUACACAGAUGUUGCCAUCCAGGAUGGGGAGGCCAUGCUCCGGACAAUCUUAGCCUCCCAGCGGCCAGACCGAUGCAAGCGAGCCAAAGCCUUUAUCACUGCCCAGAGCCUUGAGCCAGAUACAGUGGCUGACCUUGUGGCCGAAGAGGUGACACGGGAGCUGCUCACCUCAUCAGAGGGAACAGGACACAGACAGAUGUUCACUCAAGCAGAGGAAAGCCAGACAUUGCUUCAGCUGACUGCUUUGUGUCAAGACCGCACAUUAGUAGGCAUGAAGUUGUUGGAUAAGAUUUCCUCUGUUCCUCACGGGGAACUGGCUUGCACUACAGAGCUGCUGAUCCUGGCCCACCACUGCUUCACACUGACGUGCCACAUGGAGGGUAUCAUUCGAGUCCUACAGGCUGCCCGGCUGCUCACUGACAACCACUUAGCCCCUAAUGAAGAAUAUGGACUAGUGGUGCGUCUCCUCACUGGCAUCGGAAGGUACAAUGAGAUGACAUAUAUAUUUGAUUUGCUGCAUAAAAAGCACUACUUCGAAGUGCUGAUGAGGAAGAAGUUGGAUCCGAGUGGUACUCUGAAGACCGCUCUGCUGGAUUACAUCAAGCGUUGCCGCCCUGGGGACAGUGAAAAGCACAACAUGAUUGCCCUGUGCUUCAGCAUGUGCCGAGAAAUUGGGGAGAACCACGAGGCAGCUGCCUGCAUCCAAUUGAAAUUGAUUGAUUCUCAACCCUGGGAUGACAGCCUCAAGGAUGGGCACCAACUGAAGCAGCUGCUACUGAAAGCCCUGACUCUGAUGCUGGAUGCUGCAGAGAGUUAUGCCAAGGACUCCUGUGUGCGACAGGCUUUGCACUGUCACCGGCUCACUAAGUUGAUAACACUGCAGAUCCACUUUCUGAACACUGGCCAGAACACAAUGCUCAUCAAUUUGAGCCGCCACAGGCUGAUGGACUGUAUUAUGGCCCUGCCUCGGUUCUACCAGGCUUCUAUUGUGGCUGAGGCCUAUGACUUUGUUCCUGAUUGGGCCGAAAUUCUAUACCAACAAGUGAUUAUUAAGGGAGACUUUAAUUAUUUGGAAGAAUUUAAGCAGCAAAGGUUAUUAAGAUCCAAUAUAUUUGAAGAGAUUUCAAAGAAAUACAAACAACAUCAGCCUACUGACACAGUUAUGAAAAACUUGAAGAAAUUACUCACAUAUUGUGAAGACAUCUACUUAUAUUACAAGCUGGCAUAUGAACACAAAUUUUAUGACAUUGUAAAUGUGCUUCUGAAGGACCCUCAAACAGGUUGCUGUCUAAAGGACAUGCUAGCAGCUUAGCAGGAUUCAGGUAAUACAAGGUGUCACUGCCAAGAUUUCUUAGGUGCCUGUUCAACUGAAAUGAGGUACUGACAGAUGUUUAUGAUCAGAAUAGAAUAUACUAGAGCUCUUUGAACAUACCAGUUCUUAGUAGUGGGUAAAGGAUGAUAGAAUUUUCAUAGGGAAAU